AUGGGACGUCAGCGCCAAACAGGGUCAUCGCAGCUAUGGUGUUCGUCCCCAGGCAACUUCAAGAAAAAUGCCGGGAGCAGAACAAAGGGCUAUACGCAACGUUUAAGCAGAAAAAGGACUGUGGAUGAUGAUGGAGCGCCUCGGCUUCCCCCAGAGUCUCAGCAUGGUCAUCCAAUUGCACAAAACCGGCGCAACCAAGUCAGGUUGAACAGCGACCUAUCCGUACCCUUUACCAUCGUCAACUGCGUGAAACAGGGCUGUGUCCUGGCACUGACUCUGUUUAGCAUCUUUUUAAGCAUGAUGCUUAAACUGGCCACAGAAUACCUCGACGAUGACAAUGCUGUGUACAUUUGCUAUCGCCUUGACGGCAAUCUGUUUAACAUCAGGAGACUGCACCCCACCCAAAGACUUGACCUCCUCUUCGCCGACAACACUUCCCUUGUCGCCCACACCGAAAGAACGCUGUAG